AUGUCAGGUUUCGAGGUGGUUGGUAUCGCCGCCAGCAUCAUCCAGAUCGCAGACAUUGGCGCUAAACUAUCCGUCAAGCUCUGUGCUUUCUACAAAACAGUCAAAGUCGCAAACAAGUCCAUGCAAGAUCUUUCAAGCGAUGUGUCACUUACCUGCAGCAUUCUAAAAGAGCUCGGCAAGACUCUCGGAAACGAUGAACAGACAAAGCUUUGUUCCAAGCAGGCAUUUUCGACAGCACAAGAUGUUUUAAAGGAAUGCAAGUCGGUAUUCGAAGAAAUAGAAAGCGCAAUCGACAAGCAUAGCCAAGAGAAUGAGCAAAGUCGCUUGAUGCGACAGGCCCGAAAAAUCACGAUCGCACUCCUUGGAUCGAACUUGGAUGUCCUUAAGGGUAACCUAGAGAGGCUGAAAUCGACGACACUGUUGAUGCUGCAUGUGAUCAUGUAUGCGGGACAGCUUCGCAAGACAAAUAUGAAAACAACUUUAAAUGAUCAACGCGGUCUCAUCCAAACGCUUUUAGAAGAGAAAAUCACAAAUGAUGCCAGAUUCAGUGAUCUUAGCAAAUCUAUUCAAGCUGUUUCUAUGCCCAAAGAUGAUAGCUCGUUUCAGCCGUCAAUGAAUGCCUUGAGCAUUGAUCCACAGCCAACCACUCUCUCGAAAGAAGUGGGAGAAUAUUACACUCUGGUUCGAGGCCUACUCUGUCAAAUCAAUACAUAUCGAAAUGUCCUGGAGCAUAGUCGCUAUCUCGGGAUCCAAAAUGGUGUCAUGAAUGUGCAUUCAGCCGAAGCUGUUCUUUUUCAACACAUUCAUGGUCAGGCGACAAGCCAAAUUUUUGCUGAUCCUCUAUUCAGAUUUGGGGAUCCUUCUCUAUAUGUAACUAGCCCAGUCAAUUUUUGUCACGCUUCUGGCAAAAAUAAGGCUGCGAGACGUGGAGAUACUCGAGCAGAAUCCUCUGAUUGGUUUAAAUUUGAGCAUAAAAUAGAGAGUGACAAACCUGGGGGCUGCAAGAUUGAUGGGGAAGUCGACCAUGAUUCGAGCCGUAGCGGGAAACCCGCUGAUUUCAGUGCUCUUGAUGCAAUGGCUGGCGAGUCCCAUCCUCACAGCUAUAAGUACCUUUUGAGCCGGGGCCGGAUGCGCUCUUGUUCUCCUUGGCCAGUAAGCACUCCGCUCAAGAGUGGUGCCAGUGCUAGUUCCAUGUUAGCUGGCGCUGCGGCUGUGCGCUGUAUGAACAAUCAAGACCGUCAAACUCGAUCUCGCUCCCGAAGCAGGUCCGCAAGCAGGCUCAGGCAUAUUGUUCCAAUCGUGGGUGCUGGCUUCGCUACUGCUGCUGACACUGGCCUGUAUGAGAGACAAAAAGACAAAGAACAUGGACUCAAACGAAAGCGAUCCAAAUCCCCCUCUGAUGACGAUGUGGUCCGAGGUCGCUCUUACACUCAUACCAAUGAGAGCCUCUCAGGUUUUGCUGUCCGGUCUAAUUUAUCGCAAGACAAAGAUGAGAUUGACCUUGAUUGGUCCGGAGAAUCUGGUCCAAUCCGGCUUGCAAGCUUCAGUCCCCGAUCGGCUCCUGAUACUGAGCUCCCAGGCCUACCCUUGUGCAUAUCCCAUGACGAGACAUCAGAUGUAACGCUAGAAAGUCUAGUAUUGCAGUGGACCACCAUCAAACGAGAGGAACUCCAGCUAGAAAGAAUUUUGAACAGAUAUGAUUAA